AUGACUGCAGCAGAGGAGGGCCACCUCUGCCUCGUCGUGCAGGAGAUGCCAUGGAUUGAAGGAAGCGACAGCGAUGUGUUCAAGUAUUUUCUGUUGUUGUUCCAGAUCAAGAGAUUGAAUCACCGCAUAAGUCAUGAGAGCAUAUCUUUAGACGAGGAGAAGCGGCUGAUCAAAGAAAUUAAGACCCUUGAAAAAACCAGGCCAAAGGUCAGUUCCAAUGCUGCUAAACGAGCUAAAAUGCAAGAUACAGUUGUUGAAAGAGAUGCCAUACAGGAACAGGUGAAAAUCAUCGGGGAUGGUAUAGAUGGAGUAAAGAAGGAGCGACAAGGGGUCAGGUCUAAGAUUAAGGUCCUGGAUGAUGAGAUGAAGGUUGUUGAUGGCGAGAUUGCUUUGCUUCAAGAAGAUUUAAAUGCAGCUACCGCUAGAAAGGAUAAAGCAUACGGGUCAUUGACCGAAUUGAGAAAAUUGCGUGAUCUUGCCAAUGCAUCCUUCCAUCAAAACCGCAUAGUCCUGAACAAAGCCAGGGAAUUAAAUGGCAGCAGGUUCUGA